CACACAAUUAGAUAAACCAAAGCGCUACAAAGGACUAUUAAAAUGUAUCGUUUUACUCUGCUCAUCUUCGUGGCAUCAGUCUCUGCCUACGUCAUCAUAGACUCUAAGUGUCCUGAAGUUACAAACGUUGACAACUUUGACUUUAAAUCUUACGGCAAUGGUGUUUGGUACGAAGUCGCGAGAUAUCCCGAUGACUUGGUGAAGACCGGCAAAUGUGGAGCCCUCGAAUACAAGCAGGAAGGUGACGUUACGAAAUCGAGGUACACCUACGUUGACAACAACAAACUUAUGGCCAUCGAGGGUACCGCCAGGCUCGCCCCAGAUGCUGGAACCACCGGAAAAUUGAUCCAAAAACUUCAUUUUGGAGAGAACGGCGCUCUCGUCGAAAGUGAUCUAAGCGUCCUGACUAUUGACUACGACAACUUCUUCAUAGAUUACUUCUGUCAAUACGACGAAGUUAAGAAGAACUCCCGAGAGUCUGUUUGGGUCGGAACAAGGUCGAAGACUUUGUCUGAAGAGACUAAGGCUGCAAUCGACAAGUUUAUAAAUGAGUCCAAGUUUCUGAACGCUAGUAAACUCGAGUGGCCUUCAUUUAGCGACGAGGAUUGCAGGGUUGACGCUUAAAUACAGACACUAAACAUGCAUUUUAUUACUCAACAUAACAUAUUAUUGUAUUUAAAAUAG